AUGGUGAGAACAGCUGGCCGCUCGGCGCCAUAUGGCCAAGCGUGCUUGAGCUGCUUCAAGACCAAAUGCAAGUGCAUUCCUCGCCUCGAAGGCAGCGGAUGCGAAAGGUGUCACCGUCUCAAGCGACCAUGUCAUCCAGCCGACGUGUUACGCCGGCGCAGCGAUAAGAAGCAGAACUCGCCCGACGAUCGCAUCGCCAAACUAGAGGGCACACUUGGCCAGCUGGUGUCGCUACUCCAAGCGGGCAACGUCAACGUGGAUAUUAUGAACAGUAUCGGGAACGUGGGCAAUAUGGGAAACAUGAGCGACAUUCACGGCGACAGAGUCAGCUCGCAACCAAUGCUCGAAGUCGAGACAGCUGAACACCACCCGGCGACGCUGAUGCAAACCCCUCCCAGCGUGACUUACAAAGACGUGGUCGCGGAGGGGUCCAGAAGAAGCGACACUGUGGAAGACCCGCGCAACUCUUUCAACGACGAAGACGAGCACACCGAGACUUGCGCCACCGGUGUCGCCGCUCCUUGGUGGGCAGCGGACAAUGCCAAUGGGUUCAAUGCCAACAGCAUCUCUCUGGCUACCCCACCAUCAACGGUGUUGGACGCAUUCAUGUCGCCGUCUGUAUCUCCGCCAUCUGCAUCAGUCUCUCUCGACACAUUCCGAUCGCGAAUGCUGCAUCACUUCCCCUUUGUUCACUUGCCCACCCACCUAACGGCUGAGCAGCUGCGGGUAGAGCGGCCUUUUCUGUUCCGCGCCAUUGUUUGCGUGACUUCGGCAUCGUCCGAGGACAAGAGGGAAAGCUCCCUCGAGCUAAAACGUGUGCUGUGCGAAAUGGCAUUUCUACAACUGUCGCCGCACCAGAAACAGCAGCAACCGCAACAAACAGUCGACUUGCUUCUUGGACUUCUUGUCUACAUUGCAUGGGGCUGGGAGCACCUACACAGCCGUCGCAGCCUGUCUCGCCUCAUGGCGGUGGCUACGUCGUUGGCCGGGGAGUUGCGUUCUCUGGACCAAACAGCACCAGAUAUUACGCACACAAUAAGCCAACUCGAACCAAGAGGUGGGUUUGACGAUGUGUACAACAACACGGCGGCCACUACGAUGACAGCGGCAACGGUACUAGGUGCUGGGUGGACUAAUGCUCGGCUCUACCUCGAGCGGCAGCGAGCCAUUCUAGGCUGCUUUGUGCUUGGAUCGGCCGUCUCAGCCUACUUCUCCCAGGUUGAUGCGCCACGCUGGGUGACCCAGAUGGACGAGGGUCUAGCUGCCAUUACCGCUAGCGGCAGCAGCAGUGUGGGUGCAGAGGGUGUGUCUGAUGCUGCCCUGGCUAUCCAGGUCCGUCUUCAGCUGCUGGCUAUGAAGGCUGCUCAGGUCCGGGAGCGUGCCCAACUGCCGGACCACCCUCCACCGGAGACGCUUUCACCUCAAGCUCUCUUGUGCAUCAAGGGGCUCAUGGGGCAGCUGCAAGAAGUCCGGGCGUCUGUCCCUCAGGCAUUCCAGCAGCACUUUGUCCUCCUAGCUCAAACAUACUACACAGAAAUGUGCAUUAUCGACACAAUCCACACUCCGCCGUCUACUCGUGGACCACCGGCGAGGCCACCACCACCAACAUGUGGGCCUACGCGUCUGUCCUGCUAUUGGCAGUCGGCACUCGCAAUCAAGUCAUGUACAUCGACCUUUCUGACUCUCUCGCCGUCUGGACUCCUUGGCGUCUCCUUCAUCCAGUGGGCCCAGCUGGCACGAUGUGUGGCAACCCUGCAUCAACUUAGCGCAUACCAGGAGCCGGGCUGGGAUCCGGCCGCUCUAAGGGACCUCGUUAAUCUGCCCGUUCUGAUAUCCUGCAUGGCGGAUAAGCUAGAGCUGGCUGCUGCAGAAGCUGGUGAGCACCCAAUGUCAGCCGAUGGCGUGUUCGCCCAACUAGCCCGCGGACUACGAUCAUAUAAGCCAGAUUAUCACGAUAGGGGACUCCUGGCCCAACAGGAAGAGGCACGGAGAACAGUGGAAGAGAGAGAUGGUGCAGGAGCCAGAGCGGAUGUAGAUGCGGUUACGACUACAGCUACGGUUACGGAUGCAAACUCAGAUGCGUUGGGAUAUGGUCAAGAGGCGGGAUACCUGAUGAGUCCUACGUUAUGGCUCGAUCAAUUCUUUGUUGACUUUAAAGAUUAA